GGACAAUUGCUGCAUUCUAGUCAAUUUGGGACUGUUAUCUCAGCUGAUCCGGCAUCGGGACAGUUGUCUUCAUUCAUGCUGUAGCUGCGCGCUGAGGGGAUUUGGAACUCCUGUGUGCCAUCAAUAUGUAAACGAAAAGAACGCAAUUCCAAUGUGGACAAAAUAAUUUUGACUUGGCCUAAUCAUGCGCAGACACUCGUACCAAUGGAUACGACUCGUCCUGGAAAUGUCGGGGACACUAUGAUUUGUUUGUCCGUAUCGUUUUUGAAAGUCUGCAACUGUUGUGGGAGAUAUUCCGCCAUUAAGAAGUAUUUGAUCAUAGCUGUUGUGUGUUUUGUUUAUUUGUUUUUCACCGUUCACGUUAAUCACGCGUCUACUCGCCAAGACCAACGUCCUGAUCCGUGGACUAGCAAUGGCGUUUAUUCACAAAAAACAAGAAAAACCUACCAGGACCCCACUGAAGGGGAAUUGAAUGAGUCCCUGAGUCCGACCAGGUCUAAUGUGGUGUAUAUAACUCUCAAAUCGAAGCGGCACAAACCGGCCAUCAUCAGGGGCACAGUGCGCCCCAAACUCCGGAGAAAGAAAGUUAAAGUGAGAGCGCAGAGUGGCACACAGGGCAAAGCGAAGGACGCGAGCCACGAUACAAACACCGUUGACAAACAACUGGGAUAUUCUGAGCUUGAUGGCAGUAACGGUGAUUAUUCAUCCAUCAGGAUAUACAGUGAAAGAGCUCCUCCAUGGUUCAGCAUUGACGAUAUCACGGCCAUGCGCUUUCUAGCUGAUAGUAAAAUUACGCAUAUUGACGAAGUUGCACCUCCGGGCUUUUCUUCUUUCAUUUUAUUUAAAAGUGCGACAAAUCAGACGGACGAUGCUGAUGCGUGUCGCAAAUGUUGCGGUAUUGUCAGGAGACCCUUGGACAUGAGUGAAGUGUUCGCCUUUCAUCUGGAUAGGAUCUUGGGACUGAACAGAACUUUGCCAGCUGUCAGCAGAAGAUUCCACUCUCUUGGAGAUGGUCAGCCUUGUCCAGUGGUUUUGUGGGAUCCUUCUUUAAGCCCAGCAGUAGAUCAACCCUCUGAGAGACUGAGCUGGGGUUCAUAUCAAACCUCUCUCAAAUACAAGUGCUGGCAUCGGGGCAUCAUACCUAAACCAGAGUGGAGGUGCACCAGCAUCCACCACCAUGAAUGGAGCAAGCUAGUAGUCUUUGAUUUCCUUCUGCAGAUUUAUGAACGACUAGAUAAAAACUGCUGUGGAUUUAAGCCCCGCCCAGAGGACACCUGUGUUGAGCUUGGUCACCAUGAAGAAUGUACAGAUAAGGACAGCAUAGAGCUGACACACAUAGUCCACCGUAGACAUGACCCACACCACCUGGUUUUCUUUUACAACAAGGGCUACUUUGACCGAGAUGAGGAGAAUCUGGACUUCAGGCUACUAGAGGGAAUCAAAGAGCUACCAGAUCAGUCUGUGUCAGUGUUGAGGUCUCAGCGUCUCAGGGAAAAGCUCCUGCAAUCGCUGUUUCUCGACCAGCAGUACUGGGACAGUCAGGGAGGCCGUCAAGGCAUUGAAAAACUCAUUGACGUAAUUGAGAGAAGAGCCAAAGUUUUGCUCACGUACAUCAAUGCCCAUGGGAUACAAGUAGUACCGAUGAACUCUUGACAAACGGAGCCUCAGUUUUCAGUGCGCAAGAUGAACCACCAACCUUUUGGUUUCCAGUAAAUGUCAAUGUUUUUGACAGAUUAGUAUGACAAUGAAGAAUUGUUGAAUUGAGUGAUUCACCUUUUAAGACAAGAUCAUAUUAAAGGAUAUUUUCCCUAAAUGCUC